AUGUCGCCCCGCAUACCGCGCUGCCUUGUCUGGAUUCGGCCUACCGACAACAAGUUCUCGGCGGCCUACCACGGAGCAAAUACACGCAAAUGGCGACCUGCAGUGGUCAGCAAAAUCGACGUGUUAAAGUCGGGACAUAUUGCAGGCUUUUGGGUCGCUCCUCUCACAAGCAGUCUCAAUCUGAAACUUUGCGACGCAACCGCCUGGCGCGCAGUUGAUUGGGGCCGCCCCGACAUUGCGGUUCCCGGCCACAGUUACACCAUUCCCUUCCGACUCCCUCUGCGACAGAACGACUCGUUCGGAGCCGUCGCAAGUCAUGUCUGGGUUUCCGAUCUUGGCCAAUUCUUUACCGUCGCGCAGUGGAAGCAGGCUGUUACCGGGGGGCAGGCGAGAAUACUCGAUUCCGACGUCGCCGUAUCCUUAACUCAAUUCGCCGCGGUUCGCACGCAGUUGCGAGUAUUAGACAUGGUACUUAGGCCCUACCGUGUGCAGUCGAAGACGAUGCGUCAGGAGGCCAAUAUUCCCUCUGUCGCGAGCUGUUAUCGACGUUGGCUUGCAAUGUCGCAGAACUCGACAGUUAUCGACGUGGAGCCAGUAUCAUCGCUUGGGUCCACGGAACGUUGCGAUGUGCAACUGAGCCUUCCAAAGUUCCACGUUCUGAUGGACGACGCGUUCGGCCCGGGAUGGCAUGCGAUGGAAAAUCUGUCGCUCUCUGCGCCAGCUGCUAAGUCUACUAAUAGUAUAACUUCCGACAUCGUUCUCCGUUUUAUCCCUGGACUACGACACCUGCGCACGGCCUACCUCCCUUCAUCUUUUGCUUCCAUCACCCUCCGACGAACCCCUUCAAUGGUGGGCCAAUCCUCCAUUAGCGACCUACGUAACCACGUAUUCCAUUUGUCGCCCAUGGGAGCCGAAGGUACACGCCAACGUCAUGAGAUCCUGGAAGAUAGGAACCUGUUCAGUGAUCUUGCUCCUGCUCCGGAUGAGUGGAACACAGAGGUUUUCAAUCGCCUUGAACGCACGCUUUGGGCAGCAUACAACAGCCCGCUCACCUGGAGGAACUUUGAACUGUUAAUUCGCUGUCACGUCCUGACUCCACCUUGGCUUCGGUCACUGAGGCGUUCUGGACAGGAGCAGAACUUUCCUGUUCUUCUCCUCGCCUUAUUCCAAUGGAUCACUGUCGAUCCCUUAAUCCCUCACGACGCACACAACAUUCGGUGGUUUCUGUUCGAGUAUUACAGAAUACGGCCGCGUGUCGUCUCGUCCAUGGCUAGCCCUGCUGCACAUCGUAGAGCAUUUGCUCCGAUGGCUCUCCGCUGGAUAUUGAAUGAUCGUAUUGUUGUACAUCAUCGUGUUAAACGCUUGUCAGACGUUCGCGACCCUACAGACCUCGUUACACUGAUUACCAAUAGACCUGUACAACUGCAGGUUCAAGACGAUGAUAGCGAUUCAUUGGAACUGCAAUAUCUUGUGAGAACAAGCGGAACGACGUUCGACGAGCGCGAGUGUCCCGGGCGCGGACGAUGCCCGAAGGGCAAUCGCGUGAGGAACUAUCUCGGCCGAGCUUGCGAGCUCGUGCCUAAACGCAUGUUCCAACACACUCCCCCGAGCGAAGCAAGCGAGUGCUCACGCGCACUCCCCGCAGUUCGACAUCCGGCACUCCCCCAAGCUCAAAUCCUCGUCUUCUCACAGUCAUCCAGCUCCGGCACCCAUUCCAACACUCCGACAUCCGGCCGAUACGACAACAAUUCGAUCGGCGGUGUCCUCGACGGACAGUUCGGCGGUGCCCUCGGCGGGCGGUUCGGUCAUGCCCUCGGCGGGCGGGUCAGACAACGGUUCGGCGGUGGACAGCUGAGCUUCGGCCCUGUCCCGGGCGGUUCGGUUCGACAGGUCGAUCGUACGACGUGCGGCGGCGGUGGCGCGCGUGCGGCGUUCAACGGCGGGUUGACGACUUCAGCCUCGUCUAGGCAGGUGGGUCGACGGCGACGGCGGCGGGAGUCUGCGGCAUGGCGACGGCCACAGAGUAUCGGCGAGCGACAGCAUACGCGCGAGGUCCAGCAACGCAGCGAGCGGCGGGCUUUCAGCUGCCCCAGAGCCUUCUGCGGAACGACGUUCGACGAGCGCGAGUGUCCCGGGCGCGGACGAUGCCCGAAGGGCAAUCGCGUGAGGAACUAUCUCGGCCGAGCUUGCGAGCUCGUGCCUAAACGCAUGUUCCAACAUAUCUGCCACUUCGCAUGUAGGCGAGAGACACACUAUGUGACGGAUACAGAGGGUAUGCCCGAUGCAAUGGCAGAGUUGUACCAGGGGAGCGUCUCCGACGAACCGACCAUGCCAGCAUCGAGCAACAUAAAUGAGGCGCCGAACGACCUGUAUGUCAAUUCUGAUGCGGGUGUGUAUAAGGACAUGGACAUAUACCCGUCUAUUCCUACAGAGCAAGGAGCUCCCCUGAACGAACAGCAGUCUGAUUUCUUAAUCGAUUUCCAACCUCCAAACGGUGGACUCGCGGAUGCCUUCCAAGCUUGUCCAUUGGUCAAACCUGGAUCGGACCAAUCGUCAUGGGGGAUCAUCCACGCAUUGAACUCUUUUUCUACGACAACAUUAGCUUGUACAACACUAGUCGCACAGGAGUCGUUGCUUAUUCACGUGAAUAGCUGUGUCGCUCGUAUGGUCUAUCUGGAAAAUACUAAAGCUCGACAUCCACGGUUCUGUUACCAAGCCUUUGUACCUACCAAGCUAUUAGAGCUGCGCUAUAAUAGCAACAUCUUGUUAUGUGAUUCUGGAGUGCUUACUGUGCAGUGUUGCUCAAAUCUGUUCGCGCUCCAAGUCUACCUUUCUGAGAACAAACAAUAA